AUGAGACUCAGUGUACAAGUAAGAAGAAAUCCCUUCGACUCAGAUGAAAAUCAUCUCAACUUAGCCCCUAACCCAUACGCCACUUUAUAGAAGUCAAACACCCUCCCAAUUGGAAGUUCAGGUGUACUCAGUGGAUUAAAUUCCGCCUUGCAAACUAAAUCAACCAUUUAAAAUGGAGUUGCUGCUGAUUAUCAACAGCAAUAUUAGAGAUAUUCCCUGCCACCAAAUGGAUUUAACCAGAGUAGUUCUCCUUAGUAAGUCUUAAUGCAAAAUGCCUCAAUUUAAUAACAACAGAAUUUUGCACCUUUGUCUUAGAAAUCGCAUCAAUUCAACUCUCAGUUCACCUUCAACCCAGCUGGUCACAGCAUGUUUAAUGUUUAAAACUCUCAAUAAUCCCAGUUCUCUUAGUAAUCAAUCACACAGCUAUCCUAGAACCAGCAGCAACCAUUGACAAUCAAUUAGAACCCGUUUGCUUCAAUGACUCAUCAAUCAUAGUAGUCAUACGCAAACAGUACUCCUUAGCUAUAAUAAAAAACUUUGACAUCAUUUAUGCAAACUCAAAAUCCCUAAUCCUAGACUCAAAGUAAGUAAAGGUAGAUAGCUCAGAAGUCAGUAUAAAAUGACACAACAUCGAUCUACGAUCACACUUUGAAACUCAUGAUGGAGUCGCAAAAGCUCAGAAAGAAGGAGCUUGAUGCACUAAAGGACAAAGAGUGUGUGCUGCUGUGCUUCAGAUGCUAAAAGCCAGUGAGUGUGGUUGAUAAGCAAAAUGAUAAGUUCUCUAAGAUGAACAAGGAUGAACAGCAGAAAUACCUAGAGGAUUAGCAUCAAGUAGGCAAGGUGUCAAAUGACAUUGUGGAAGUUUAUAUAAAGCAGAAAUGCGUGGGAUGUGCUAGAUUCACUUGCUAAAACUGCAUGGAUGAGUGCACUACUUGUUAAUAAAAGCAAUGCGUGCUUUGUCUAGAGUAUGAUGGAAAUAAUUAGAAGUAUCAUUGUAGUACAUGUAUGCUGGUUUGA